GGGAACUGAUUGCAUUCCCCAGCUCUGACUUGAAUUUGGUUUUCUGUUAUGAUUACAUUCCUGAGUCCUGACCAAGGAAUUCAGUUCAGGACUGUAGGUUUAUGUUAUUUUCAGUUCAGAGUUGUCCUAGAACAAGGAAUAGGUGCACCUCUAAGUCUAAAAAGUCCUAUUCCAAGCAAAGGAUCUCUAAUAUUACCACAGGAACUUCCCUGGGGAAAAGAAGGGAUUGCAUUGCAAACCAGAAACAGAGUUCCCAUAUGCCAUGGAAAGUCAAAUUAUUUAUAGAAAAGAUAGCAGGAGCGAGAUGGUUGGGAUUUCACAAAAGCAUGAUUUACCAAUCAGAAACACAUAUCCAGUUGCAGCUUGCUUUGUAACAGUACAUAUUAAGGCUGUUCAUAUACGUCAAACCCAGAAAUUUUGAUGGCCUUGAGAGAGAGAGUUUCAUCAGAACCAACCGGUCAUCUUCAAAUCAGAACCUCCACUCCAUACGGAAGUUUAUAUCCAGAAUUGGAUCAGAGCAGCCUCUGCUUUUACUAGGCGCAAAUGACCCUGGUUUUUUAUCUAUGACUGUUUAUUACCCUUGCUCUCAAACUCUGAUCUGUCUUUUGUUUUUGCCCCAAGGAACUCUCUGUUCCAGUAGAAAGGGGAAAUAAAAAGGUAACCGGAACAACCGCUUUAUUUAAAACAAACCUAACUCAAGAAUCAUCAGAGAUGCUUUCCUCUCAGCUCAAGUUUCCAUGUGUGAAAAGCUCUCAAACUUACCCACCUCUUAUAAAUUGAAUUCAGCUCUGCAAAUCCACCUCAAUCAACCCCAUCAUCAGUAAUGGCUUCUCUGCUGCAACUCUUUUCUCUUUUCUUUCCAUGUCUUCUCAUCUCUACAGCUUCAUCAAGUCAAAUCCCAAAGCGUUAUAUCGUAUAUAUGGGAAGUUCAUCUGAAGUGAAUGAUGAAGCUGCAGAGUCAGAUCAUCUGCAACUACUGUCCACAGUUAUUCCAGGGCAGGACAGCGGAAGAAUAUCCCUCAUACAUCAUUACAAUCAUGCCUUGAGAGGAUUCUCUGCAAUGCUUACAGAAAAUGAAGCAUCUGAGUUGUCUGGCCACGAUGGGGUUGUCUCUGUGUUCCCUGAUUCGGUUCUUCAACUCCACACAACUCGUUCUUGGGAUUUCUUGGAGGGACAAUCAAGGCCAAGGUUCAGCCAUGGAUCAUACCAGCAUAAGUCAAGUUAUGAUGUCAUAAUUGGGAUGAUAGAUGGAGGGAUUUGGCCUGAGUCUCCAAGUUUCAGAGAUGAAGGAAUGGGAGAAAUACCUACAAGAUGGAAAGGAGUUUGCAUGGAGGGACCUGACUUCAAAAAGUCUAAUUGUAACAGGAAGUUGAUUGGAGCAAGGUACUACAGUGUCCCGCACACAUCCAAUGGCAACAUGACCACACAAAUGAGAGUUGACAAGUCGCCAAGGGAUACUGUAGGGCAUGGGACACACACUGCAUCCACUGCAGCUGGUGCACAAGUCGACAAUGCUAGUUACAAUGGCUUGGCUCAAGGGACUGCCAGAGGUGGUUCCCCCAAUGCCAGGAUUGCAAUGUAUAAGGCAUGUUCCGAAGAUGGUUGUCCUGGUUCCACCACAUUGAAGGCAAUCGAUGAUGCAAUUAAGGACGGUGUUGACAUUAUAUCCAUUUCUAUUGGGAUGAGCUCUCUGUUUCAAUCUGAUUACCUGAAAGACCCCAUUGCUCUUGGAGCAUUCCAUGCGGAGCAGAUGGGGGUCAUGGUUGUCUGUUCAGGAGGCAAUGAAGGGCCUGAUCCUUUCACUGUUAUUAAUGCAGCACCAUGGAUUUUUACCGUCACAGCUUCUAAUAUUGAUAGGGAUUUCCAAUCUACAGUGCUUCUAGGAAAUGGAAGAACCUUUCAAGGGUCUGCCAUCAAUUUCUCAAACCUCACGCGCUCAGAGACUUAUCCUCUUGCAUAUGGAAAGGACAUUGCUGCUAAGUUUAGCCCAAUUUCAGAGGCAAGGAGUUGCUAUCCUGGAUCUUUAGAUCCGGAAAAGGUUAAGGGCAAGGUCAUUGUUUGUGUUGACAGUUUCCCAACUGUAUCAAGAGAAAUCAAGAAAUUAGUAGCGGAAGAUGCACAAGCCAAAGGAUUGAUCUUGAUCAAUGAGAAUGGAAAAGGUGCUCCUUUUGAUUCAGGGGCAUUUCCAUUCACCGAAGUUGGAAGUGCUACAGGAUACAAGAUCCUUAAGUACAUCAAUUCUAACAAAAAUCCAACUGCAACCAUCCUUCCUACAGCUGAUGUCCCAAGUUAUAGACCAGCACCGGUGGUGGCAUAUUUUUCAUCGAGAGGUCCUAGUGUACUAGCAGAAAACAUUCUCAAGCCUGAUAUACUGGCUCCAGGAGUCGCCAUUUUAGCUGCGGUGAUUCCAAAAUUUGUACAAGGGAAUGCCUUGACUGGUAAGAAGCUCCUGGAAUAUGCCAUAAAAUCUGGAACAUCAAUGGCCUGUCCACAUGUUACAGGGGCUUCUGCAUUUAUUAAAUCAGUGCAUCCUAAAUGGACGGCUUCCAUGAUCAGAUCGGCGCUCAUGACAACUGCAACUGUGUAUGAUAACAUGGGGAAACCAUUAACGAAUAGUUCAGGUUCCUUCGCCAUGCCACAUGAAACGGGGGUUGGAGAAAUAAGCCCACUUAAAGCCCUUAAUCCGGGAUUGGUCUUUGAAACCACGAGUGAAGAUUAUCUUAAAUUUCUUUGUUUUAGUGGCUCCUCAGAGAAAACAAUCCGAUCCAUGGCCAAGACAAACUUCAAAUGUCCAAGAAAUUCGUCUGACAAUCUUAUUUCCAGUAUCAACUAUCCAUCAAUCUCUAUAAGUAGACUAGACAAAACUAGGGGUUUCCGAACUAUUACAAGAAGUGUAACAAACGUUGGACUCCCAAAUGUCACAUAUACUGCGACUGUGCAGGCUCCUUUGGGAUUGAAAGUGAAAGUUUUGCCUAAAAAGAUUACUUUCGUUGAGAAUGUAAGAAGGGUUCCUUUCAGAGUGUCAUUCGAUGGCAGGGGAGCUUCUACUGGCUAUAAUUUUGGGUCUCUAACAUGGUCUGGUGGUCCAUAUUCUGUGCGUGUGGUGUUUGCAGUAAAUGUCAAGUGAUAGAAGGCUUUUGUAAGAAAUAGGAAACUAGUUAUGCUAUUCAAAAGGGAGAUUGUUUUGUGAAAAACAUUCAUUGAAUACUUAUUGUUGUUUUAUAGUAAUGUUAUUUUUUAUUAAUUAA